GCUGCCGUGGGGAGGGAUGGAGAGGGGAGGGGGGAGCGGAGCCGAGCGGAGACAGCCGCGGCGCUGCAGAGCGGCUGGGGCGGCGGCGCGGCUCCCGGUGCUCCCCCCGGCGCCCGCCCCGCGUCGGUGAGGGCCCGGCCUGGAGGCCCGGAGCCAUGGGCUGCAUCGGCUCCCGGACCGUGGGAAAUGAGGUGAUUGCCGUGGAAUGGAAGGGCCUCAAGGAUGUGGACCAGAUCAACAUGGACAUGAGCACCAGCUCGCUGCACGGGAGCAGUCUCCACCGGCCAUCCGCUGAGCAAACCCGGACUGACUUCUCCUGGGAUGGCAUCAAUCUCUCCAUGGAGGACACCACUUCCAUUCUUCCGAAGCUUAAGCGAAACUCUAACGCCUAUGGCAUUGGGGCCCUGGCCAAGUCAUCGUUCUCAGGGAUUUCGCGAAGCAUGAAGGACCAUGUGACAAAGCCCACAGCCAUGGGGCAGGGCCGGGUGGCUCACAUGAUUGAGUGGCAGGGCUGGGGGAAGGCACCAGCCAUUCAGCCGCAACACAGCCACGAGGCCGUGCGCAGGGAUACAGAUGCCUACUCCGACCUCAGCGAUGGCGAGAAGGAGGCACGUUUCCUAGCAGGCGUCAUGGAACAGUUUGCUAUCUCCGAGGCCACUCUCAUGGCCUGGUCCUCCAUGGAUGGUGAGGACAUGAGUGUCAACUCCACCCAGGAGCCAUUGGGCUGCAAUUACAGUGACAACUACCAGGAGUUGAUGGAGAGUCAGGAUGCCCUUGCUCAAGCCCCAAUGGAUGGAUGGCCUCACUCCUACGUGUCCCAGGGCAUGUACUGUCUGGGGUCAUCGGAUGCCUGGGAAGCAAGCGACCAGUCCCUCAUUGCCUCUCCGGCCACAGGAUCCUAUCUCGGCCCUGCAUUUGAUGACUCACAGCCUAGCUUGCACGAAAUGGGACCUUCCCAACCUGCUUCCGGAUACUCUGCUCAGGAGCCUCCAGCUUUGCUGGGGGGAGACACCGACUGGGCUCCAGGGGUGGACGGGGUGGACCUGGCAAGGGGCCCUGCCGAGGAGGAGAAGAGGCCGUUGGCGCCCGAGGAGGAAGAGGAUGCGGGAUGCCGGGACCUGGAGUCGCUUUCCCCACGAGAAGACCCCGAGAUGCCCACCGCUCUCAGCCGGAAGGUGUCUGACGUCACAUCCUCAGGCGUGCAGUCCUUUGAUGAGGAGGAGGGAGAGGCCAACAACUAGCUUCCUCCCACUGAAUGCCCCACCUUCCACUCCCACCUGAGGGGCAGGGCUGCACCCACACCCUCCCUUCCCCCAGCAGUACGGCUGAAACCUGGGCAGAAGACUGUCACGAGCCCAGGAGUCCUUGCCAGCAAAACGGAGGGCCGGGGUGGGAUUUUAUCCAGGCUUACACUGUAGAGACCACAGGUCCAGGAACUGAGGCCCAGGCAACUAGACGGCCAUGAACUUCGCUUGGCUGCGGGCUUCUGGGUCUGUGGUGGUGGAGCUCCAGUGUGUAUCCUGAGCACAGGAGCGCAGAGCGGCCCGUGGCCGGCCCCCUGGAUCUCAGUUCUUUGGUCCCUGAUCUCGUCUUCCAGGAGCCUUGACUGCAGCUGCCUGAAGGCCUCCUUUCUCCACGUCACUCUUGCUUUUCCCGACUGUUUUCUCUGGCUGUGGCCCAAGCUCAUCCCUCCUAUGAGGAACAGACCUCAGGGCCUGUUGGACAUGGUUCGAUGGGCACAGGGGAAGCAACGUACAGACCACGUCUCCUUAGAGUGCGGGGGCUCUGCCCUCAGAGGUAACUUGGCUUCUGAGAUCCGGAGUCACGGAGGAGGUGGACGUGGCCGCUGGGAUGCACAGGGGCACAAGGCCUGUCCAGAGACCAGGCAGUCAGUCACUGGUGAGACCGAGGACAAACAUGGCCACUUGUUCUGGGAUCUUGACUAUCCUGUGGCUGAAAGGAGGACCCUAAGGACCUGGGAAAGGACCCCGCCAGGGCUGGCUACUCCAGCUCUUGCUUCCCUUUUCUGCCUUCUUCCAUCUCCUGCUCUGGGAGCCCCGGGGCCCCGAGGGGGUGGGGGUGACACAGAAUGCAGGUGUCCUGGCUAGACGGGGAAGCAUGAGGCUGUGUCUCCCUCCAUCCA